CGUCAUUCGCUAGUAGUGAAAAACCUAUCUUGAAAUUUUGCCUUGUGUCAACCACUCGCUUACCUCUUGGAGAUUACAUACAUCUUCAUCCUCCUCCAGUCCUAUACCAAAAGGGACUACACUCGCUUCUUACGACCUUACUGCAUCAGCAGUCACUACAUCACACCACACCAAUACCUCCUCCGUCUGAUAAUCAGACAUAAAAACAUACAUCUCAUCUAAAACAUCAUCUAAAACCAACAUGUCGACCUGGAAAGACCUGUUCGACACCGACCCUCAGGGCACCCGGGCAUUCAUCGACCCACGUGCCACCGACCUCAGCAUCAUAUACGACAUCACAAUGACCCCAACCAACAUGUUCGAAACACGCCGAUAUGCCACUGCCCACCGACCAACCUCGCAGUGGCAUAACGAGAUCGAACCAUACCUCCAGGCACCAACCGAAUCCGACGACGAAAUCCGACCCUCCGCGCGCUCACUCACCAGACUGCGCCGCUUCGACACACCACCACGCCCUUACGCCUCCAUCCGCCCUUACCAUUGGAGGCUCCUCAAAAUCGGCCUCCUCUCGGUGCAGCUCCCGCACAACGCGACGACGCACCCGGUUCCGCCACUCCGACCAGCGCCCCACCUCGAAGCAGUAAUCGACCGUGCAUGGGCCGAUCCGACACUCGUCGCGGGCAUUGAGAAGGCUGCGGGGAAGCAUGGAGCUGAUGUCGUCUCUGUGAUCUUCGAGGUUGCGGGUGUGUCUUACCCUUCGGGGACCGAGUUCGGGGGUAGUAGUGGUGGUGGUGGGUGGUCGGAGGGGGAGUCCGGCUCGGGGGCGGAGGCGGAUGAUGAGGCGAGUUGUGGUGAUUGGGGGGACUCGGUUGGGCACACCGGGCUGAGGUUUUCGCAGCGGCGACGGGCUCCUGUGGCUCGCGUCAUGCUCGGCUCGCACGUUUCGUCGCUCGCUCGACUGAUUCUGCAGAUGCAGAUUCAGUCUUUGUUAAAGAGGAGGAGAUUGAAUAGGUGGGGGUUUGAUGUUUUGAUUAAUACGCCAACUGUGUUUAAGUGGGGGAAGAAUGGUGAGGAAAGAAGGUGGUGGUGA